AUGUCCGGGUCCCGAAAUGUCCUACAACAGAACAACCUAUUUUGGAUGUGGAAUACGCCAUUUGAGAAGUGGAACAAGUUAUUUGAGAAGUGGAACAACCUAUUUGAGAAGUGGAAUACGGCAUUGGAGAAGUGGAACAAGGCUUUUGAGAAGUGGACCAAGCCAUUUGCGAAGUGCGACAAGCCAUUUGGGAAGUGGAACACACCAUUUGGGGAGUCCAACAAGCUACGUGAGAAGUAA